GAUCACAAGAGCAUCCUUCUACUGAAGACACAAGGGUUAUAAAAGAUUCUCUCUGACCCGCAUUUACCCCGGUUCCGAUCUCAAUCGUACGGUAGUUAGUAUUAAUUCUACUGCGGAAACAGCCUUUUUCUGGCUAAUCCCGUGGAAGAGAGAUGUGACGGAUAUGCCGAUUUGAUUAAUUACAUAAACCAUGGUAAUCAUGGCAUUCCUUAUUCUUUCACUCUCCUCUUCUCUCCUCGUCUGGGUCGAUCGGUACAAUGUAUCACAUUAUACAUACUAAUGGUACGUCUCGUGUUCGAUCCGUGUGCCCUGAGCAAACAAACAAAAGGGUUCUAUAUGGGGUGCUGGAGAUAAUAUUUAUUUGUGAUCUCAGCUGAAAUAAAGGGGCAAGAGGAAGAUAAUUGCAGAACUGGAGAUUCCUAUUGUUGAUCUGGGGUGAUUAUUUUUGGUUUUCUUAUUUUGGGCGUAGACGUGGCGAAUGAGCUAAAUGAGCUCUGUCACCCGCCCUGGAAGGCUGAGAGGAGGCCUGGGACCUGCCAUGGAGGUCUCUCCUGGCAAAUUCCUGUUGUGUUUUUUCGGGUUUUCCUUCUUCGGAUGGCUGAUUGUCAAGUUUGCUGCAACAGUACUGGCUUGGAUAUUUAGUCGUAUAUUUGGUGGUCCUGUUCAAUUCCGUUUUGCAGGAUUCAACUGCCUAAGGGAUGUAUCUGUGAAAUUAAAGAAGGGUGCAGUUGAAUCAAUUGCCAUUGGAGAGAUUAAACUGAGCUUUCGCAAGUCACUUGUCAAGUUGGGACAAAGCAUGAUUUCAAGGGACCCGAAACUACAACUUCUUUUGUCUGAUCUAGAAGUGGUUAUUAGACAUCCACAAGAGAGAAAGCAUACAUCUGGCACACAGCGGACUCGGUCUGCAAGUCGUGGGAAAUGGAUGCUCGUCACGAAUAUUAUUAAAUAUCUUUCAGUGAAUAUAACAGAACUAAUUGUGAAGAUGCCAAAAGCAACCUGUGAAGUAAAGGAGUUGAAACUGGAUAUUUUUAAAGAUGGAGCUUCAUCAUCUUCAUUAGGAGUUAAAUUGCAGCUUUUACCAUGCAAUAUUUUUUUAGGGAAGCAGCACACAUAUGAACAUGAUAGCACUUUUAGUUUGAAAGAAAGCAUUCUUUCUGUUGGGCGAACACUUUCAUCAAAUGUAGACAAGGAUUAUGCUCCAUUUUACCUUGAGGAACUUUUGGUCAUUUGUCAAUUUGGAUAUGCCAGGGAUGGAGUGACUAUUAGACAUGUUGAAGGAACAUGUGGAGAAGUGCUGGUGAAUUUGAGCGAGGAUGCAUUUAACACUAGAAAGCCUGCUAAGGAAUAUACAGACGAUGGUAGUGCAAGCAAAGAUUUCAAUCCUGAAUGCACAGAAAAAUUGGAAUCUCCAAAAGUGACAAAAGCAGAAGAAAGUUUGCCCAUGUCAUCUGCUGAAAAAUACAUGUUGGCAUUCCCAGAAAAAGUUAGCUUCAGUUUGCCAAAGCUGAGCAUGACCUGCUUUUCCAGUGAAGGGCUACGAGUUCAGAAUAAUAUAAUGGGUAUUCAGCUACGAAGUACUAGAUCAAAGAUUCCUGAGGAGAUGGGAGACAGUGUUUCACAUUUAGACGUUCAAAUUGACUGCAGUGAAAUGCAUUGUCUAAAAGAGGGUAACACAUCCAUUUUGGAGAUAUUGAAGGUUGUAGUAUCAACAUCCUUAGACAUUCCAAGGCAGUUAACAAUGCCAUUCCGAGCGGAGGUUGAUAUCAAACUCGGUGGCACACAAUGCCACUUGCUUAUAAACCGGCUGAAGCUGUGGAUGGACCUUUACUUUAAUCAUAAGAGGAAGAGAAACUCGUCUCCAAUGCAGUCAAGCAGCAAGCCAAUUAAAGCCCGGUCUUCUCAUACAGAUCUGAAGAGCAUCAUGUGGACCUGCACUGUCUCGGCACCUGAAACUACAAUUAUCUUGUACAACCUUAAUGAUGCACCUAUUUACCUUGUGUGUUCCCAGUCUUCACAUCUAUUUGUAAAUAAUAUCACAAGUGAGAAAAUUUCCGUUCAUAUGGAAUUAGGUGAAUUACUUCUACAUGUGCCAGAUGAAGACCAUGGAUGCUUGAAGGAAAGUUUUUUUGCUGUAGAAACAAGUUUAGAGUCAUUGUUGCAUAUAUCACGGGUCAGUGUUGACUGGGGGCUUAGAGAAACAGAAUCCAUUGAAGAUGAUAAAACUGAGCAAAGAAAAUUGACUCUUGCUGUUGAAGUUAGUGGAAGUUCAACAUGUCUGUCCUUACAACGGCUUCAGUUACUUGUAUUCACCUUUAUGUCUUAUGCAGCUGUCUUGAAGAGUGUAUCUGCUAUAAAUAAUAGGGCAAAGAAGAGGAAAGGAAACAGUAAUAGUAAACUCGGAGCAAAUAGUAUAAAUGUUAUAAGGCUCAACCUUGAGAAGUUCACUGUAAAGUUUGUUGGAGAUCUCAAUGUGGAAAAUACAGACAUUGCAGAUCCAAAACGUGUAAAUUUUGGAAGUCAGGGUGGUGAGGUAAUUAUCACUGAAGUGGAAGAGGGAAAGCCGCGUGUUGCUUAUGUAAAAUCUUCAAGUUCGAGAGAUACCAGACUGGAGCUGAAAUGCAUAACAUCAUUCAAUAUUGUUCAUUUUUCUUUAUGCAGAGAUAAAAACGCAAAUUCCACGCAAUUAGAAUUGGAAAGAGGAAAGAUCAUGUAUCAGGAGGUAGCUGGAGACAAAACAUUUGUUGAUUUGACAUUGCUAGCAUUGCAAAGUGGGAAGGUUGUAUACCAAAUUCCUAAUAAUAAUGGAAUUACUAGAUGCGCUCUUGUUUGUGCUACUGAUGUAACUAUUAGAUGGGAGCCUGAUGUACAUCUGGUUUUAUAUGAAACUAUGUUGCGCAUGAAAUCUUUAUUGCAGGAGCAAAAGAAUUUGAGUCAUGCUUAUGUCACAAAUACUUUAAUUUUUAAUACCGAUGAAGACUUUCUCUUUGAGGGAAUAAGGAAGCCCACAGGUGGUGAUUUCCAAGGUCCAGCUCGAAAUGAUAAGCAACAUAAUAAGGAGCUUGUGCUGGCAAUAGACAUAGAACAGUUAACCCUCUCUGCUAGUCUUGCAGACGGCGUAGAGUGUUUAGUUAAGGUUCAGUCUAUAUUCUCAGAGGAUGCUAAAAUUGGGAUGUUACUUGAAGAUCUUGGGCUCAGUUUGAAUGAAGCAACUGUUUUUAAAAGUAAUCGGCUCCAAAUUUCCCGCAUUCCCACUUCUCCUGAGGGUAGCACUGGAACAAUCAGUCGUUUUGAUGCUGAAAUCAGAUCUUCAGUUACUUGGGAUUGUCUCAUCCAAGGUCGCGAUGUUCGUAUAAUUAUGCCACAUAGAUUGCAGCUGCGUGCAAUAGAGGAUGCUGUUGAGGAUAUGUACCGGGGUUUGAAGCUAGUUAUGGCUGCUAAGAGACAAUCAUUAUGCCCCUCAGGCAUGAAAAAUUCAAAACAUUCGAAGAACAGAUCAUCAAAAUUUGGCUGCAUUAAGUUCAGUUUCCGUGAGGUGAUUGCUGAGAUUGAGGAAGAGCCAAUUCAAGGCUGGCUAGAUGAACAUUACCAACUAAUGAAAAAUGAAGUCUGUGAACUCUCUGCUCGGUUAAGGUUUCUGGAUGAAAUUGUAGCAGAAGGUUCUAGCCUUUCUGGUAUUCCUGAACUCAAGGAAUUGUACACAGAUGAAUAUGUCAAUCUUCAUGAAAAUUUGGAAAUGAAUUCAUCAGAUCAAGAUAUUAUCAAAACCUUGCAAGCAAGGCUUCAACAACAAGCUUUCCAGUCUUACUACAAAGCUUGCCAGAAAUUAGUUAUUUCUGGAGGUUCUGGAGCUUGUCGGAAAGGCUUACAGGCUGGUUUCAGACCUAGUGUUAGUAGAAGUUCCCUCCUAUCUAUUCGUGCUUCAAAUUUGGAGGUAACUUUGACAGAGAUUGAAGGUGGCAAGUUGGGAAUGGUUGAGAUGAUAAGGAAGCUUGAUUGUGUUAGUCCAGAGAUGGAAGUCCCGUUCUCCAGAAUGAUGGGGAGGAAUAUUUCUAUAAAUACAGGCUCACUGGUAAUUCAACUGAGAAACUACUCCUUCCCAAUGCUUGCAGCAACUAUGGGUAAAUGCAAUGGAAGCAUAAUUUUGGCUCAACAGGCAACAACAUUCCCUCCUCAAUAUUUUCAAAAUGUGUAUAUUGGUAGAUGGCACAAGGUUGAAAUGCUACGGUCUAUGAGUGGUACUACUCCACCACUUAAAAUGUACUCUGAGUUGCCAAUAGAAUUUGAGAAAGCAGAAGUUGCCUAUGGGGUGGGUUUUGAACCAGCUAUUGCUGAUCUAAGCUAUGCCUUUACCAUAGCUCUUAGGAAAGCUAAUUUAAGUAUUCGAAACGAUGGUGCUUUGCCUUCAGGAAAUGUUCCUGGUUCUGUUCUAUUUCCAUCUGGAAGUUGCGUUCACACAGACAAUCAAACAGCCAAAAAGGAACGAAGCUUGCCAUGGUGGGAUGAUAUGCGAUACUAUAUUCAUGGUAAAAACAGUAUUCGUUGUUCUGAUUUUAAAUGGAAUUUCUUAGCAACAACAGAUCCAUAUGAAAAGAUUGAUAAAUUGCAAAUUGUUGCCGCUAUCAUGGAUAUUCAACAAUCAGAAGGCCGGCUUGCAUUUUAUGCAAAGGAAUUUAACAUUUGUAUAAGCAGCUUGGAGCAUUUACUGAAGAAUUAUGACCUGAAACUACCAGUUGAUGUCAGGGGAGGAUUUAUUUAUUCAGCAGCCUUCCAACUUGAUAUAACAAUGAAUUGGGAAUGUGAGUCAGGGAACCCUCUCAACCAUUAUUUGCAUGCACUUCCCAGUGAGCUUGAACCCCGGAAGAAAGUCUAUGAUCCUUUUCGUUCUACAUCAUUCUCUCUUCGCUGGAAUUUCUCUUUGAAACCUUCACACUCUAUAGAACCAGUUGAAGAAUCAUCUUCUUCCAUGGGAGAUGCAGACAGGCUUAGUAGUAAAGUGAAAGCUCAGGUUAUGUCUGCUGCCAGAAGGUCCAACACAAACAGGAACUUUUAUGAUUCAGCUUCAGUCUUUCCCCCUGGAAAAUUGGGUAUGGUGUCAAUGGGUGUUCCAACAGUGAAUUUGGGUGCCCAUGAUUUGAUAUGGAUUUUUAGGUGGUGGAAUUUAUAUUAUAAUCCACCUCAUAAAAUUCGUUCUUUCUCAAAAUGGCCUCGUUUUGGAGUUCCAAGAUCAACCAGAUCAGGGAAUUUAUCCCUUGAUAAAGUCAUGACUGAGUUUAUGCUACGUGUUGAUGCAACCCCUACUUGUAUCAAGCACGUUCCUCUGGGAAGUGAUGAUCCUGCAAAUGGAUUGACCUUUAAUAUGAAAAAGCUAAAAUAUGAGCUCUGUUACAGCCGAGGGAGACAGCGCUAUACCUUCGAAUCUAAGCGUGAUCCUCUUGAUCAAGUGUACCAAGGUUUAGAUCUUCAUGUGCUGAAGGCAGAGCUGAAGGAUCCAAGCACAAGCAGUGUCGAAGAAUGUUCCCAAAAUUCCAAAAGAGUUAAGCAGCCACAAGGAGUAACUGACAGUGUUUGUAAUGAACAGCGUAGGGAAAAUGGAAUCACUGCUGACAUAUCCAAUGGGGAUGGUUUGCUACUUUAUACAGACUAUUUUACUAUCAGAAAGCAGUCUCCAAAGGUUGAUCCUUCAAGGCUGUUGUCAUGGCAGGAAGAAGGACGGAGUAUAAGAAGUCUUGAGGCUACUUAUGUUAGGUCAGAAUUUGAUUACGGAAGUGAGAAUGAUGCAACGCUCUCUGAUCCCAGUGAUGAUGAUGGCUUUAAUGUAGUGUUAGCUGACAAUUGCCAGCGUGUGUUUGUGUAUGGACUUAAACUCCUAUGGACGAUAAAAAAUAGAGAUGCUGUUUGGGCAUGGGUUGGUGAAAUAGCAAAAGCAUUUGAGUCUCCUAAGCCAUCCCCGUCCAGGCAGUAUGCUCAGAGGAAGAUGAUUGAGGAACAACAGAAGCUUGCAGGGACGGGAUUGCCUGCUGAUGAUCCUUCUAGAUUGUCAACCUCUCCAAAGCAUAGUAAAGGUUCACAUGUUUCUUCAUCAUCGAUCCAUGUAGACAAACCAAUUUCUUCCCCAUCUCCGUCAAGGAAAAUGGGUUCUUCAUCAUCUGCCUCAUCAGCAUUGCUUAAAGGAUUGACUAUAGACGAGACAGGAGAAGAGGGUACAAUGAACUUUAUGGUGAAUGUCGUUCAGCCUCAGUUUAAUCUUCAUUCAGAAGAAGCAAAUGGUGCAUUCUUACUUGCUGCAGCCAGUGGACGUGUCUUGGCUCGCUCCUUCCAUUCUGUAUUACAUGUUGGGUUUGAAAUGAUUCAGCAAGCAUUAGGAGCUGGAGGCAUGCAUAUUCCUGGAUCUGCACCCGAAAUGACAUGGAAGCGCCGGGAGCUUUCAGUUAUCUUAGAACAUGUACAAGCUCACGUAGCUCCUACAGAUGUUGACCCUGGAGCUGGGCUACAGUGGCUUCCUAAAAUUCCAAGAACUUCCCCUGAAGUUAAACGUACUGGUGCGCUGCUGGAGCGUGUAUUUAUGCCAUGCACAAUGUAUUUCCGUUACACACGAUAUAAAGGAGGAACAACUGAUUUAAAGAUCAAGCCUUUAAAAGAGCUCUAUUUUAAUUCUUCAAACAUAACUGCUACAAUGACAUCUCGCCAGUUUCAUGUUAUGGUGGAUAUUUUAAGUAAUCUUCUCCUUGCAAGGCUUCCCAAGCCUAGGAAGAGCAGCCUGUUACAUCCCGAUGAUGAAGAAGAAGGUAUUGAAGAGGAGACAGAUGAGGUUGUUCCUGAUGGAGUGGAAGAGGUUGAAUUGGCUCGUGUUAAACUUGAGCAGGCAGAAAGAGAAUGUAAGCUGCUGCUUGAUGAUGUCAGGACAAUUGCAGUAGGUUUCCUUAGCUUAACAGAGACUGAUUUUUCUCCAGAAAAAGAGGACACCUUGUUGUGGAUGAUGUCAAAUGGAAAAUCUGCAUUGGUUCAAAACUUGAAGAAAGAACUGAGUAAUAAACGCAAGGCUAGAAAGGCAGCAUCUGCAUUGUUGAGGUUAGCUUUGCAAAGGGCAGCACAACAAAGGUUGAUGGACAAGGAGAAGAAUAAAAGUCCUUCCUUUGCCAUGCGCAUUUCAUGGGCCAUUGAUAAAGUUGUCUGGAGUAUGUUAUCUGAUGGCAAGGCUUUUGCAGAAGCAGAAAUAAGCCACAUGAUUUUGAAUGUUGAUCGUGAUUACAAAGAUGUUGGAGUUGCAGAGUUUGCAACAAGAUCAUUUGUUGUGAGAAAUUGUUUAGCCAAUGCUAAAUCAGAUGUGGUGCUAUCUGCUUGGAACCCACCUACAGAAUGGGGGAGAAAUUUUAUGCUUCGUGUGGAUGCAAAACAGGGAGCUCCUAAGGAUGGAAACUCUCCUCUUGAGCUUUUCCAGGUGGACAUAUACCCAUUGAGAAUAUAUUUAACCGAAACAAUGUACAAGAUGAUGUGGGAGUAUUUCUUCCCAGAAGAGGAACAAGACUCACAAAAGCGUCAGGAGGUUUGGAAGGUUUCCACCACUGCUGGCUCAAAACGUGGUAAAAGAGGGCUAUCUUCUAAUCACGAACAGGCUUCAACAUCCAGUCAUAGAGCUAGAGAAGGAGACACCUUAACUAGGAGUAGUGCACCUGGGACACCAUUAGUUCCACUUGGGAAUAAACAGCCCUUUACACAUGGGGAUCCAUCUCAACUGAGCUUCCUAAUGGCUUCACAUAUUCUUGAGGCACCUAGAUUGCAGAGUCAAAAGACAACCCCUGCCACUGGCCCUAGUGCAGAACACCGGAGGACAUCAUCAUUCGAUAGGUCAUGGGAGGAAAAUAUAGCAGAAUCUGUUGCAAAUGAACUUGUAUGUCAUGCACAAGGUAAAAAGAUGUAUUGCUCAAACAGUGGUCCUCUUAGCAUAACAAAUGAACAUCCAUCUGGAAUUCCUACUUUUGCAACAGCUGUCCCAAUGGGAAGUGUUGAUAUAUCCAAGAAUAGAUCAAGAGAGGUUAAGCCUAUUAAAGCGGGCAGGUCUUCUCAUGAAGAAAAGAAGCCAAGCAAAUCACAUGAAGAAAAGAAAGUAUCUAGAGCACGCAGAGCUCUGGAAUUUCAGAACAUAAAGAUAAGUCAGGUAGAGUUGCUUGUCACCUAUGAGGGAUCUCGACUUGCAUUUAAUGAUUUGAGACUGUUAAUGGAUACCUUCACUCUAGUUGAUUAUACUGGCACUUGGCGGAGAUUAUUUGGUCGUGUCAGGAAACACAUUAUAUGGGGAGUUUUGAAAUCUGUUACUGGCAUGCAGGGAAAGAAGUUCAAGGACAAGGUUCAAGGCCAAAGACAAGCAGAUGGAGGUGCCUCCCCUGACAGUGAUUUGAAUUUCAGUGAUAGUGAUGGAAGCCAACCAGGCAAAAAUGAUCAGUUUCCAAUAACUUGGUUCAAGAAGACAAGUGACCGUGCAGGUGAAAGCUUUGUAACAUCUAUCAGAGGGUUAUUCAAUUCUCAGCGACGGAAAGCAAAAGCAUUUGUGUUACGCACAAUGAGGGGGGAUGCUGAAAAUGAAUUUCAAGGUGAAUGGAGUGAGAGUGAUACCGAGUUUUCCCCAUUUGCAAGACAACUAACCAUGACCAGGGCCAGGAGGCUUAUACGACGACAUACUAAAAAAUUUCGUUCAAACAGACACAAAGCAUUACCUUUUCUUAGAGAUUCAUUCCAGUCUUCACCAAGGACAACACCUUUCCAGAGUGAGGCAGAAUCUUCAAGCGUAUCUUCUGCAUAUGAGGAUUUCCAUGAUUAAUAUCAGCAUUUUUGUUGCAGCCAUGUUGUGCUUGUUUGUAUAUGAUAUUGAUGACCACAUCUCAAUGCUGUUUCUGUUGCUCUAUGCAUGUCUCCUUUUCCCAGGCUAUAUGUAACUUAGCAAUGAUGUGCCAGCAAGAAGAAAAAUAUUUGAAGACAUCAACCUAAACCAAGCAACCAACAACUCAUUCAAAAGCAAUGAGUCAAAAUUAUGCCUUGUACAAUGAGUUUCCUUCGGACUGUUUGCCCAAUGGAGCCAAUUUUGCUGUAAUUAUUGAAGAUGUAGCUCAGACAGCUUCAAAAAUUGUAUUCUUCCCCACAAGCAGAUGGAGAUAUUCAUCGGAGACCAAUUGACUAAUUUUGUAUCCUCGAUUCAUGCCAAAUAAAACAGUACCCCUCAAGAAAAAGUAGAGGGAAAGUAUCAUGUUACAGAAGACAUCAACUGAAUUCUGGUGUAUACAUUUUUUGUGAUUAAUUUGAAAAUACAAGCCUUUGGUUGA